AUGCGCGAUUAUAAAUGUGAGAGGGAGUGUAAGAUUGGGUUUCAUGUUUUACCCUUAUUGCCUAUUACUGAGUUCUUAUUCUCCAAUGUUGAUUUUGUUAAGGACCUUGUGAAGUGGUCACCAUCUCUGUAUACAGUAAGAGACGGAUGGAUGGGGUUUGUGUAUGCACUUGAAGGAAUUUAUAACAAUCAAGUUGCAUUGGACAAGAUUAGAAGCUUAAAGCGUUUUGAUGCUGGCAACACAUUGAGCAAUCUCUUGUGGUUACGCUUUUGGGAUGAGUGGUUUCAGGAAAUGGUAUUAGAGUUCCAGAUUCGGAAAGUUCGAACCUUGUUAGAUGAUGAACAACCUUUUCUCUUCCCACUAACAAACUCCAAAGUGCUCCCUGACCCUUCAAAGUUCUUCUCUGAAAAUCUUCUCUCUUCUCCAUACUCAUUCUGCCAGAACUUCGUCCUCAACGAUGGCAACAUACAAGAGUACAUUCAUCCUUAUCUCAUCAAACCCUCUGAUUCCUCUGUUUCUCUCUGCUACCCUUCUCUCUUUGUCUCCUCUCAUUCCAUCCACCAAGUCUUCACUCCUGAUCUUACUAUCUCUACCCCAAAAGAUUCUCAAUCCCGCCAUGUUAUAUCUUCCUUCAGUGAUUUCAGUGUCACUCUUGAGUUUCCUUCUUCCAAUCUCACUUUCUUCCUUGUUAGGGGAAGCCCUUAUGUUACCGUUUCUCUGUCACAACAUGAAUCUCUUUCCAUAACCUCCAUCCAUAAAAUCUCUUCUUUUUCUUCAAAUGCUUCACCAAAUAAGUAUACUCUUCAGCUUGAGAAUGGUCAGAAAUGGCUUAUCUAUACUUCUUCACCAACCAUAUUUAGUUUUAGCUUUGACAUGAAACUCGCUUUCUCCAACAUUUCUUCUGGUGAGGCUCCUGUGAUGGUUCGGAUUGCAGUUAUGCCAGAUUUAAGCUCAGAAAACGAGGCUGUUCUUGACAGGUACAGCUCUUGCUACCCUCUUUCUGGAGAUGCUUUGUUCACUAAGCCAUAUUGUGUUGAAUACAAAUGGCAGAAGAAAGGGCUUGGUAAUUUGUUGAUGUUAGCUCACCCUCUUCAUCUUCAGCUUUUGUCCAAAGAUGAGGGUAAUGUGAGUGUUCUUAAACAUUUUAAGUAUCGAAGUAUUGAUGGGGACCUUGUUGGCGUUGUUGGAGAUUCAUGGAUGUUGGAAGCAGAACAUGUUCCUGUAACUUGGCACUCUACUAGAGGUGUCAAUCAAGCCUACUAUGAUGAAAUCAAACAAGCUCUUUGUAGAGAUGUUGGUGCUCUUUGUUCUUCAAAAAUAGCUAAUACUUCAUCUUCUUGUUAUGGCAAAUCGAUUGCAAGGGCAGCAAGGUUUGCAAUGAUAGCUGAGGAAGUUGGUUUUCUUGACUUGAUUUCACUUGUUAAGAAAUUCUUGAAAGAAACCAUUCAGCCAUGGUUAGAUGGCACUUUUAGAGAGAAUGGAUUUUUGUAUGAAAAGCAACGGGGAGGGCUUAUUACUAAAAGCGGUGCUGAUAGUUCAGGAGCAGAAUGUGGGUUUGGAGUUUACAACCUUCAUCAUGUUCAACUAGGUAACUUUGUGUAUGGAAUUGCAGUUCUUGCAAAGAUUGAUCCGAAUUGUAAGAAGUAUAGGUCAGAAGCAUAUUCACUCAUGGAAGAUUUCAUGAACUUGGGAGGAAAAGAUUCAAAAUCUAAGUAUACACGUUUAAGGUGUUUUGAUCUGUUCAUGUUGCACUCUUGGGAUUCAGGGCUAGAGGAUAGUGAUGUUGGAAGAUUUCAAUUGAUUAGUGGUGAAGCUGUGAAUGCAUAUUAUUCAGCAGCGUUGAUGGGUUUGGCAUAUAAUGAUGCAAAUCUUGUUGCUAUUGGUUCAACUCUUGCAGCAUUGGAAAUUCAUGCUGCUCAAAUGUGGGGCCAUUUAAAGAGGGAUGAUGAAAAGUUUGAGGAGUUUACAAAGGAGAAUAGGUUAAUGGAGUUAGUUGGGGUUCUAUGGUCUAAUAAGAGAGACCGUGGAUUAUGGUUUGCUCCUCCUGCGUGGAAAGAGUUUAGGCUUGGGAUUCAGCUUUUGCCAUUGGUACCUGUUUCCGAAUUCUUAUUUUCUAAUAAGAGUUUUGUGAAGGUGGUUGUGAAAUGGACUAUGCCUGCUUUGGAUAGAGAUGUUGUUGAAGGUGGGUGGAAGCGGUUUUUGUAUGCCUUGCAAGGAGUUUAUGAUAAUGAAAGUGCUUUGGAGAAGAUUAGAAGCUUGAAGGAUUUUGAUAAUAGCAGAGGUAGUAGUUUUGAUGAUGAUGCAACUGAUUUGGCAGUAGCAAUUAGUUUCUUCGUCAUUGGUAUGAUUGUUCGUUACAACAGAAUUCUUGAUUCCUUCCAAAUUGAAAAGAAUUUGACCGAGAAUGACCUCUACCCGAACCCUGGCCCCGUUAACCAUCGGAUUCUUCUAGGGAACAACCUCAUCCCACAAAAUAUAGCUAAGAACACAAAUAGAUCUACAAAUAUGCUUGAAAACCUUAAGGUCAUCGGAGAAGCUGAAGAAGCAGAAAAGAAGAAAGAUAAAUUUUCAAGGAACUUUCCGAUAUUGAGGAAAUCAUUGAAGAACCGUCAGAAAACCGCCACCUGA